AUGCGGAAGAUGAUGGAUCGGUUGCUUCCGCAUGACACCACAUGGACUCCGUACGAAGACCACCGGGAUGUUUGGUCAUUUGAGGAUAUCGCUUUGUACUCCGGCUGGAUUAGGUGUGGACCUAUCAGGGUGAGCUAUCUGCCUGAGCGUGUGUUACGGCAAUUUGGGUACAUCCAGACCAUUCUGUGCCAUAUGUACGCCGCUGCUAAUCCAUUGACCACAGUGGCACAGAUUGAUCAGCACUGGCUCCAGCACAUGGAUCGUGUCCUGACUCCCGGCAUGCUUGGUAGCUGUGCUGCCCGUCCUUCAGACACUGCUGCUGGAUACAUCAGAUGGUACUACGAUUCUCAUCCGCACAUCAUACCAUUCCCUGGUGGUUACCGUGUUCUGUUGCCUGAGUCGGAGGUUGUUGUUGUUGUUGUUGAUGUUUCUGAGAGUAGUCAGCGUUAG